AAGUUUACAUUUCUGAUACAAAUGCAGCUUUUCUUAGAAAAUGUAUAAUAUAUUUGGGAAUUUAUUAAUAAGUCCAAAAUUUUAUUGUAUAUGGACACGAUUCAGGAGCAGCGCAAAUACGAUUUAUUCUUUAAGUUCAGCGUAUGGCAAAUGUGGUGUUUCCGUGAUUCGGGUAUCGGGGCCGCAAACGAGAAAGGCCCUAAGAGCUAUAGUAGGAAAUCGGCACGAGUUAAAGGAGCGGCAUGCUUAUUUAAAAUCUCUACGCCAUCCAAAGUCAAAUGAAAUUAUUGAUAAAGGUUUAGUUUUAUGGUUUCCUGGACCAGCAUCGUUCACUGGAGAAGACAGUUGUGAAUUUCAGGUUCAUGGCUCUUUAGCUGUAAUUGCUGCAAUGAUGGAAGCAUUGGGGCAUAUAUCUGGCCUAAGGCCAGCCACUCCCGGAGAAUUUACUAAACGAGCAUUUUUUGGUAAUAAAUUGGAUUUAACGGAAGUGGAAGGUUUAGCGGAUCUUAUACACGCCGAAACAGAAGCUCAAAGAAAACAGGCACUUUUACAAAGUACAGGAUCAUUAUCAAGGCUCUAUGACAAUUGGCGUAAGCGUUUAAUACGUUGUGCAGCCCACCUGGAGGCAUAUAUAGAUUUUGCAGAAGAUGAAAAUAUAGAGGACGAUGUCAUUGUAAAACUUACAGAAGAGUUGAAGAAAAUUCAGAGUGAGAUAAGGGAGCAUCUCAAUGACCAAAGACAGGGAGAGAUGUUAAGAGAUGGUGUGCGUACAGCCAUCAUCGGAGCUCCCAACGUAGGUAAAAGCAGUUUUCUUAAUCUAAUGUGCCAAAGAGAUUUGUCAAUUGUGACAGAAAUGGCGGGAACAACAAGAGAUGUCAUUGAAUCCACUCAUAAUAUUGGAGGAUAUCCUGUUCGUUUUUCUGAUACAGCUGGGUUAAGACUGUCAACAGACGAUAAAGUUGAAAAACAAGGUAUAUUAAAGGCUAUGAAUUGUGUACAUGAAGCGGACUUAGUGUUAAUAAUGCUAGAUGCAGGUCAUUUAAAAAAAACAAAAGUAAAUGAUGUAAAAUCAUUUGAGAUUCAUUUAAAUAAAUAUUUACAAGAGUUGGAUUUAAAUGAGGAGAUACUGGCGAAUAAACGCAUACAAAUUAUUAUUAACAAAAUUGACUUGCUGUCCGAAGAUGAACUUGCUAAAAUCCAACAACUGCCCAACAUAUUUGUUAUAUCAUGCAGGGAAAAGAAAAACCUAAACAUAUUUUUGAGUCAGUUCGAGAAUCUAUUGAAAGAGCUAUGUGGAAUUCCAUUACCUGAAGCACCAAGACUGACACAUGCUCGCUAUCGUCUACAUUUAGAUCGAUGUAUUGAUCAUAUACAUGUAUUUCUGUCCGAGUAUUCACCGGAUAUUUUCCCCGAUAUUGCCAUCUCUGCCCAAAAGUUAAGACAUGCAGUCAAAGACAUAGAGCGCAUAACUGGUCAUGUUAGUACUGAUGACAUAUUGGAUGUAGUCUUUAAGGAUUUUUGCAUAGGAAAAUAGUUUAAAAAUAAAUACACUGAAAAUAAUUCAUGCUUUUACGAAAAAAACUUUUCGUAGAUACGUUUAUAAUCCCAAUAAACCAGAGAACUUUAUGAUAGUGAAAACGAUAUUACAUUAUGGGCAUGAUUAUCAUAUUAUAAUUUAUUAUUGAAAACGAUAUUAUAUCAUAAUAUCGUAAUAUCGUUUUCAAAUUUUUGCUUUCAAUAAAAUAAAUAAACCUCAAAUAGAAAAAUAA